AUGUCUUCCUAUAUUGUUCAUAUCUGUCUCUAUCUCUCUAUCUAUCUAUCUCAGCCUGUUCUCUAUCUCUCACUAUCUCAGCUGUCUCUCUCUAUGUCUAUAUCUCUGUUCUAUCUAUCUCAGUCCUGUUCAUAUCUGUCUCUCUGUCUCUCAGUCUAUUCAUCUAUCUAUCUAGCUCCUGUUCAUAUCUCUCUGGUCUAUCUGUUCAGUCUCUCAGCUGUUCAUAUCUAUCUGUCUAUCUAUCUAUCUAUCUAUCUCAGUCUGUUCAUUAUCUCUAUCUGUCUUAUCUAUCUCUGUUCAUCUUCAUCUAUCUAUAUCUCAGCCUCUGUCUCUCUGUCUAGCUAUCUCUGUUCAUCUUCAUAUCUCAGUCCAUUCAUAUCUGUCAUCUAUCUAUCUAUCAGUCUCAUUCAUAUCUCAUCUAUCUAUCUCUCUGUCUAUUCAUCUCUAUCUAUCUCAGCUUGUUCAUAUCAUGUCUAUCUAUCUAUCUAUCUCAGUCUGUUCAUUCUCUCUCUGUCUCUCUGUCUAUCUAUCUAUCUAUCUCAGUCCAUUCAUAUCUGUCUAUCUAUCUAUCUAUCUAUCUAUCAGUCUGUUCAUUAUCUGCCUAUCUCUCUCUCUCUCUAUCUAGCUAUCUCAGCCUGUUCAUGUAUCUGUCUAUCUAUCUAUCUAUCUAUCUCAGUGCUCAUUAUCUGCCUGUCUCUCUGUCUAUCUAUCUAUCUCUUUUUGUCAGUCUAUUCUAUCUAUCUAUCUGUUCUAUCUAUCUAUUAUCUAUCUAUCUCAGUCCAUUAUCUGCCUAUCUCUCUCUGUCUCUAUCUAUCUUUCUCAGCCUGUUCAUAUCUAUCUAUCCUAUCUAUCUCCAGUCUAUCUCUGCCUAUCUAUCUCUGUCUCUUCAUAGCUAUCUCAGCCUGUUCCUCUAUCUCAUAUCUAUAUAUCUAUCUCAGUCUGUUCAUCUAUCUCUCUUUUGUCUAUCUAUCUAUCUAUCUCAGUCUGUUCAUAUUAUCAUAUCUGUCACUAUCUAUCUGUCUAUCUAUCUCAUCUAUUCUGUAUCUCAGUCUAUCUAUCUAUAUCUCAGUCUGUUCAUUAUCUGCCUAUCUCUCUGCUCUAUCUCUAUCUCUGUUCAUAUCUAUCUAUCUAUCUAUCUAUCUAUCUAUCUCAGUCUGUUCAUUAUCUACUGUCUCUCUUGUCUCUAUCUAUCUAUCUAUCUCAGUCCAUUCAUAUCUAUCUAUCUAUCUAUCUAUCUAUCUUCAGUCUGUUCAUUAUCUGCCUAUCUCUCUGUCUCUCUAUCUAUCUAUCUCAUCUAUCAGCCUAUUCAUAUCUAUCUAUCUAUCUAUCUAUCUAUCUCCAUCUAUCUGUCUCUCUAUGUCUAGCUAUCUAUCUCAGCCUGUUCCUUAUCUAUCUAUCUAUCUAUCUAUCUCAUCUAUUCAUAUCUCUCUCUGUCUCUAUCUAUCUAUCUCAUCCUGUUCUUUCUAUCUAUCUAUCUAUCAGUCUGUUCAUAUCUAUCUAUCUAUCUAUCUAUCUCAGCUAUUCAUCUAUCUGCCUAUCUCUAUCUAUCUAUCUCAGCCUGUUCAUAUCUAUCUAUCUAUCUAUCUAUCUAUCUAUCUAUCUAUCUAUCUAGUCUAUCUCAUCUGUUCAUUAUCUGCCUAUCUCUCUUUCUAUCUAUCUAUCUCAGUCUAUUCAUAUCUGUCUAUCUGUCUAUCUAUCUCAGUUCAUUAUCUCAUAUCUCUCUCUCUCUCUGUCUAUCUAUCUAUCUGUUCAUCUCAUAUCUGUCUCUCUCUAUCUAUCUAUCUAUCUAUCUCUCCAGUCUGUUCAUUAUCUGCCUAUCUCUCUCUGUCUAUAUAUCUAUCUAUCUCCAGUCCAUUCUAUCUAUCUAUCUAUCUCAGUCUGUUCAUUAUCUGCCUAUCUCUCUCUGUCUCUAUCUAUCUAUCUCAGCCUGUUCAUAUCUAUCUAUCUAUCUAUCUAUCUAUCUAUCUAUCUAUCUCAGUCUGUUCAUUAUCUGCCUAUCUCUCUCUGUCUCUAUCUAUCUAUCUAUCUCAGCCUGUUCAUAUCUAUCUAUAUCUAUCUAUCUAUCUAUCUAUCUAUCUAUCUCAGUCUGUUCAUUAUCUGCCUAUCUCUCUCUGUCUCUAUCUAUCUCUCCCAGUCCUAUCUAUCUAUCUAUCUAUCUAUCUAUCUCUAUCUCUGUCUUAUCUGCCUAUCUCUCUCUGUCUCUAUCUAUCAUCUAUCUAUCUCAGUCAUAUCUAUCUGUCUAUCUAUCUAUCUAUCUAUCUAUCCUGGCUAUCUCUCAGUCUGUUCAUUAUCUGCCUCUCUCUCUCUCUAUCUAUCUAUCUAUCUAUCUCAGCCUGUUCAUAUCUAUCUAUCUAUCUAUCUAUCUACCUCAUCUAUCUAUCUGUCUCUCAGUCUGUUCAUCUAUCUAUCUAUCAUCUAUCUCUCUGUCUGUUUCAUUGUCUGCCUAUCUCUCUCUGCUCUAUCUAUCUGGCUAUCUAUCUCAGCCUGUUCAUAUCUAUCUAUCUAUCUAUCUAUCUCAGUCUGUUCAUCUCAGUUUUGUCUCUAGCUAUCUCUAUCUAUUCAUAUCUGUCAUCUAUCUAUCUAUCUAUCAGUACAUUCAUAUCUGUCUAUCUAUCUAGCUAUCUCAGCCUGUUCAUCUCUGUCUAUUCAUCUAUCUAUCUCUAUCUGUCUAUCUAUCUAUCUCAGCCUGUUCAUUAUCUGCUAUCUCAUCUGUCUCUAUCUAUCUAUCUAUCUCAGUCUGUUCAUAUCUAUCUAUCUGUCUAUCUAUCUAUCUAUCUCUAUCCAUUCAUCUAUCUCAGUCUGUUCAUUAUCUGCCUUCUCUCUGUCUCUAUCUAUCUAUCUAUCUCAGCCUGUUCUAUCUAUCUCAGCUGUUCAUCCUGUCUAUCUAUCUAUCUAUCUAUCUCAGUCUGUUCAUUAUCUCUGUCUCUCUCUGUCUCUAUCUAUCUAUCUAUCUCAGUCUGUUCAUAUCUAUCUAUCUGUCUAGCUAUCUCACUAUCUCAUUCCUGUUCAUGUCUGUCUAUCUAUCUAUCUAUCUAUCUCAGCUGUUCAUUAUCUGCCUAUCUUCUGUCUCUCUCUCUCUAUCUAUCUCAUCUAUCAGUAUCUGUUCUAUCUAUCUAUCUUUUGUCUAGCUAUCUCAGUCUAUUCAUUAUCUGCCUAUCUCUCUCUGUCUCUAUCUCUCUACAUUCUCAUCUGUUCAUAUCUGGCUAUCUAUCUCAGCUAUCUAUCUAUCUAUCUCACUUUCUCUGUACCUUCAUAUCUGUCUCUCUAUCUAUCUAUCUAUCUAUCUCAUUCAUGUCUGUCUCUCUAUCUAGCUAUCUCAGCCUGUUCAUAUCUAGUCUCUAUUCUCUGUCUGCCUAUCUCUCUCUGUUCAUCUAUCUUCUCAGCCUAGCUAUCUCAGUCUAUUCUAUCUGUCUAUCUAUCUAUCUUUCUCUCUGUACAUUCUAUAUCUAUCUGCCUAUCUCCUGUUCUCUAUCUAUCUAUCUCUAUCUCAGUCCUCAGUCUGUCUAUCUAUCUAUCUAUCUAUCUAUCAUCUAUCUAUCUCAGUCUGUUCUAUCUAUCUUUCUCUCCUGUCUAGCUCUUUCUGUCUAUCUAUCUCUGUCUGUUCUAUCUAUCUAUCUAUUCUAUCUCUCUAUUUAUCUAUCUAUCUAUCUCCCAUCUGUUUCAUUAUCUGUUCUAUCUCUCUCUCUCUCUAUCUAUCUAUCUCUCUGUUUCAUACUAUUCAUAUCUAUCUCUCUAUCUAUCUAUCUAUCUAUCUAUCUAUCUCAGCCUGUUCAUUCAUCUGCCUAUCUCUCUCUGUCUCUAUCUUUUGUCUAUCUAUCUCAGCCCAUUCAUAUCUAUCUAUCUAGCUAUCUCUCUGUACAUUCUAUCUGUCUCUCUCUUUGUAUCUGCCUAUCUAUCUGUCUCUCCCUAUCUAUCUAUCUAUCUCACUGUAUCUCUGUCCAUCUCAUCUAUCUAUCAUCUAUCUCAAUGUCUCAGCCUGUUCUCUCUAUCUCUCUAUCUCUCUCAUGUCUCUAUCUGUCUGUCUCUCUCUCUCUGUUCAUAGCUAUCUCAUCUCAUAUCCUGUUCAUGUCUGUCUCUCUAUCUAUCUAUCUCAGCCUGUUCAUUCAGCUAUCUCAGUCUGUCUCUAUCUUUCUUUUUCUCAGUCCAUUCUAUCUAUCUAGUCCAUUCAUAUCAUCUUAUCUCUCUCCAUUCAUGUCUCUGUCUGUCUUUCUCUCUGGCUAUUCUAUCUACCUCUCAGCCUGUUCAUAUCUUCAUGUCUGUCUCUGUCUAUCUAUCUAUCUCAGCCUGUUCAUAUCAGUCUCUAUUCAGCUAUCUCAGUCUGUUCAUCUGUCUUUUUGUCUAUCUAUCUCAGUCCAUUCAUAUCUGUCACUCUGUCUAUCUAUCUAUCUAUCUGUCUAUCUGUCUAUCUAUCUCAGUCUGUUCAUAUCUGUCCCUAUCUCUCUCUGUCUCUAUCUAUUUUUCUCUCUAUCUCAGCCCAUUCAUAUCUGUCUCCUCUGUUCUAUCUAUCUAUCUAUCUCAGCCUGUUCAUCCCUGUCUGUGUCUAGCUUGUUCAUCUCUCUAUCUGUUCAUCUGUGUCUAUCUAUCUAUCUAUCAGCCUGUUCAUAUCUCUCUCUAUCUAUCUAUCUCUGUUCUAUCUGUCUAGCUAUCUCAGUCUGUUCAUUAUCUGUCCUAUCUCUCUCUGUCUCUAUCUAUCUAUCUAGCCUGUUCAUAUCUGUCUGUCUAUCUUCAUAUGUUCUAUGUCUAUCUAUCUCAGUCUCUCUCUGUCUCUUUCUAUCUAUCUCAGUCCAUUCAUAUCUAUCUAUCUGUCUAGCUAUCUCAGUCUGUUCAUUAUCUCUCUCUUCUCUGUCUCUCUCUAUCUAUCUAUCUAUCUCAGCCUGUUCAUAUCAUCUCUAUCUAUCUAUCUAUCUCUAUCUCAGUCCUGUUUCAUCUAUCUAUCUAUCUCUAUCUAUCUAUCUAUCUAUCUAUCUAUCUCAGUCCAUCCAUUCAUCUAUCUCUAUCUCACUCUGUUCAUAUCUAUCUCUCUAUGUACAUUCAUAUCUGUCUCUCUGCCUAUCUCUCUGUUCAUCAUCUCUGUGUCUAUCUCAGUCUGUUCAUGUCUUUUUAUCUAUCUAUCUCACUAUCUCUCCUGUGUGUCUAUCUCUCUAUCUAUCAGCCUGUUCAUCUCUAUCUAUGUCUAUCUAUCUCAGUCUGUCAUCUCUCUUUUGUCUAUCUAUCUCAGUCCAUUCAUAUCUGUCAUCUGUCUAUCUCUCUCUGUCUCUAUCUCUAUCUCAGCCUGUUCAUUAUCUCUCUCUGUCUCUCUCUAUCUCCAGUCUCUUCAUCUCUCUUUUCAUAGCUAUCUCAGUCUAUCUAUCUAUCUAUCUAUCUAUCUUUCUGUCUGUUUCAUAUCUCUCUCUGUCUAUUAUCUCAGCCUUCCAUUCAUAUCUGUCACUAUCUAGCUUUCUAUCUGUCUAUCUAUCUGUCUCUCUAUCUAGCUAUCUCAGCCUGUUCAUUAUCUGUAUCUCUCUCUCUGGCUAUCUAUCUAUCUCAGCCUGUUCAUAUCUAUCUCUCUGUCUAGCUAUCUCACUUUCUCUCUGUACAUUCAUAUCUGUCUCUCUGGCUAGCUAUCUCCCAGCCUGUUCAUGUCUGUCUCUAUCUAUCUAUCUAUCUCAGCCUUCCUGUUCAUCUCUCUUUUGUCUCUCUCUGUCCUUCAUAUCUAUCUCUGUCUAUCUCAGCCUGUUCAUGUCUGUCUCUCUGGCUUAG